GGGUACAAUGUAACGCUGACAAGGAGCACAUACACCCAGGGCGACUUUGAACGAACUGAUUGGAAUAAACAGGCGCUUCCAACCUGCUGCAGUUUCAUCAAUCUCUGCAACCGAACCAACCGACAACUACACUUCCCGGUGUUCAACGGGGUCUCGGUGACGGCUGAUUCGGGGCGGAUCAGACAUGAUGUCACCCCGGUGAAUUGGUGCUGGCUGGGUUGCAACCAUCGUCCCCAGCAUUGGGCGUCCUCCUCCUCCUCUGGUCGACAGGCUCAGCAUCUGCACAGUGAGCAGUGCACCCUGCCAGCUGUUUUGUGUGCAGCCCAAUGGCUGCAAUCACACGAGUCCCAUCAUCUGAAUGAAGAGGAAAAAAAGGCGUUGUCAGCUGCAAAUGGGUGAAAAUUGCCACCGCGGAGCCUCUGAUUCCCCGUUUCCAUGCCCUGCAGACUAUCACAGUGCAAUGCACCGCUUGCUCGGCUCAGACACAAUACAUACAACGAGUUGUUAUGCCUGCAUGCUUGAUCUACAUUAAGACGCCUGCAAUUUGAACAAACAAGGUCACCGAUUGCAAAAUAUAUAUAUCAACAAAAAGAAAAUGUCUAAAGCCAAGGUUUGCGAAUCGGUGAAGGUGGUUGUCAGAUGCCGCCCGAUGAAUGGGAAAGAAGAGGCGGCUGCUUGCGAGCAGAUCGUGGUUAUGGAUGUGAAAUUGGGACAGGUGUCUCUUCGCAACCCCAGAGUACCAUCCAGCGAGAUGCCCAAGAUCUUCACGUUUGACGCCGUCUAUGAGUACAGCUCCAAACAAGGCGACCUGUACGACGAAACAGUCCGCCCUUUGGUAGACUCGGUGUUGCAGGGCUUCAACGGGACAGUUUUCGCUUAUGGGCAGACAGGGACAGGGAAAACAUACACCAUGCAGGGGAUCUGGGCCGACCAAGAGAAAAGAGGAAUCAUUCCCAAUGCGUUCGAGCAAAUCUUCACCCUUAUAUCGCGAUCCCAGGACCAGCAAUAUCUAGUGAGGGCUUCCUAUCUGGAAAUCUACCAGGAGGAGAUCCGAGACCUUCUGAGCAAGGACCAGAACAAAAAACUGGAGUUGAAAGAAAAACCAGAAACCGGCGUUUAUAUCAAAGAUCUGUCAUCCUUCGUAACUAAGAAUGUCAAGGAAAUAGAACACGUAAUGAAUGUUGGAAACCAGUCCAGAGCAGUUGCAGCCACAAACAUGAAUGAGUACAGUUCAAGAUCUCAUGCCAUUUUUGUUGUUACUGUUGAAUGCAGUGAGCUUGGCUUGGAUGGUGAGAAUCACAUCAGAGUAGGCAAGUUGAACCUGGUUGAUCUUGCUGGCAGUGAGCGUCAGAGCAAAACUGGAGUCCAAGGAGAGCGUCUGAAAGAGGCUGCUAAAAUUAACCUUUCUCUUUCUGCUUUGGGUAAUGUAAUAUCUGCUUUAGUAGAUGGCAAGAGCACUCAUAUUCCCUACAGAGACUCAAAGCUGACCCGCCUGUUAGAAGACUCCUUGGGUGGUAAUGCUAAGACAAUUAUGGUGGCCACUCUCGGCCCAGCGUCCAGCAAUUAUGAAGAGAGCUUAACAACCUUGAGGUAUGCCAACAGGGCCAAGAAUAUUAAAAACAAGCCAAGGAUUAAUGAAGAUCCCAAAGAUGCAUUGUUGAGAGAAUUUCAAGAAGAAAUUGCAAGAUUGAAGGCACAAUUGGAGAGAAAAGGGAUGCUGGGUAAGAAAAGAAGAAAAAGCCAAAGGAAAAUCAUCCUGGAAGGGGUAGAAUUCAUAGAUGAAGUUGAGGAGGCUGAAGACAACAUAGAAAAGGACAUGGCAAAUUACCUAAAAGAACAAAAAGAGACAUUGGAGAAGGAAAAAUUAGCAAUCCAAGAUGAUCAUAAUUUAGUGGCAGAAGAGAAGCAGAAAUUAUUAGAAGAGAAGGGAAAGAUGAUGGAAGAUCUGCGGAAGGAGCAAGAAGCGACGGAGCAUCUUGCAGCCAAGUUUAAGGCAAUGGAAAGCAAGCUGCUUGUUGGAGGCAAGAAUAUCAUGGACCAUACCAAUGAACAACAAAAAAUGCUGGAGCAGAAGAGGCAAGAGAUUGCAGAGCAGAAACGGAGAGAACGAGAAAUGCAACAGCAGGUGCUGCUACAGGAUGAGGAGACAGUGGAACUGAGGGAAACCUACACCUCACUUCAGCAAGAAGUUGAGAUGAAAACAAAAAAGCUGAAAAAGGUGAGAAAAAAACUCUUUGCGAAGCUCGAGGCUGUGAAGGCUGAGAUUCAGGACCUACAGGAUGAACAUGUGAAGGAGCGACAGAACCUGGAGCAUGUCCAGAAUGAACUGACGCGGGAGCUCAAACUCAAGUAUCUGAUUAUUGAAAAUUUUAUUCCACCUGAAGAGAAAAAUAAAAUCAUGAACCGGCUGUGUUUUGACUGUGAGGAGGAUCAAUGGAAAUUUCUGCCUCUGGUGCCUGCUGACAAACACCAAAUGAAGAAACGGUCUACGUCUGCAGUUGGCUACAAGCGACCAAUCAGCCAGUAUGCCAGAGUUGCUAUGGCAAUGGGCAUUCAUCCCAGAUAUCGCGCUGAAAACAUUCUGUUCUUAGAAUUAGACAUGGAAACACCCACAGUGUUUGAGCUGGAGAUCCCACGAUCACAGUCGUUACAUGAAGCCACUGGAGGAGAGCUACACCACAGCAGUUCUAAUUUCCUAGAUCGAUCAACCACAGCCAGAGUGAGGAAGUCAAGAUCAUGGUCCAGACCGGAGAGACGAGUAGCUUCCUCCUCUUCUUUCUCUUCACUGGCUUCAGGAUCUCAGCUGUUCUCUCAUUCACCGGGGAAGGUGUUGCAGUGAGGAGCACAGUGAUACUUGUGCCUGUUCUCACUGUUUGGUUAGAAAUUCGUCCUCAGCCUGCAGCACGUAACCAGCAGGACAGCAAUGUUUCAAUUUCCAAAAUAUGCUUCCGUUAACUUUAAUUGAGGCAAAUGUUGGAAGCGAAGUACAAUACCCAGCUGCCUCAAAACUGCUGAUUUAGGGCUAAAGACUGAGAACAGAUUUCAGGGCAUUUGUUUUUCGUGUCCCACAAUCCAUCUCAUUGCAUCUCACAUAAAAAUGGUCCAUGUUUUUCAGUUUCAACAGAUAAUCCUGCAGUUUCAAACAGAUAAUUUGACAGUGGCCCUCAAUCUUCAUUCACUUUGCUGCAUUACCUUGCAGUCUAAAAUACAGGAUUAUAGGGGCACAUAAUGGAGCUUGUGGAAGAAACUCUUCUUCCUAAACAAGUUUAAUAAACAAACCUAUAAAAAAAAAUAAAAUUAUGGGAAUCAACUAUUGUUAGCACAACUGGGCUUUGAAUAGAGCUUAAAAAAAGUUGAACAAAAAUUGAUCACUUUUUUAUUUCAUUUGCUGGAUCUUCAAAUUGCUCAGCCCCGUUCAGUAUCAUUCUGAAUUUUCCAGUAUACUCGUAUCUUCCAUCCAACUUGAUUUACUUGGAGAUCCGUUCUGAAAGAAGGUGUGUGUCCUGUUGUGCUGAAUGCAGCAGAUUGCCUGCCAUGUUUAUUUCUAAGAGCAGUAAUGUCGCUUUGUAAAUUUGUUGGACUUUUGAUCCUAAUUAAAUUGAUGUUGCUGUUGCUCAAAAAAAAGUUGAAAUAUUUAAUCGCAGGUCCUGCUGUAACUGGGAUUGAGGGUACUUUAUUGUGGAAUAAAAUAAAUAAUUAUAUGCUCAAGAACAA